UAUCCCGCAGAUGAAAGUUAUAGACCUUGAGUCCAUUUCUAAGUACAACGACACGUUGUGUGUUUGAUUGUAUUGGACGCUACAGUUUUACAAGACAUUCAACAAUAAAACGUUAUCAGUAACGUUUCAUUUGGAUGGUAAGGUAGUCAAUAGUGAGAUGUCCCCUGUAAACGACCGCUGAGGAAUAAAUAAGUCGUAGCUUAGAGUACUUUGAUACCAAGUGAAAUCAGCUGUGGUAAGCUGACCCGAGGAGUCUGUUAAGUUUUACAAAAAGUCCAAGGGCAGUGACCACGUGAGGAAUCUAAAAAUUGGACGCAUACUAUAAAAAUGCAGGAGUUUAACUCAACCGACGGCUUUGUUACAAAGAGAGGUGCGCACGUGCGGAGAAAUCUACUAAUAUCCGCGCUAGUGUGUCUUGUUCUUGGAAUGGCAAUCGGUCUUCUUAUAGGAAGGUUCGGAACAUGCCCGGAACAGCCGGAACUGGACGUCAAAGACGGUGUUUUCCUACCGGGUAUCUCUGAAAAAAUAAUUCAAGACGGGGACCCUACCAUCAGUGAUGAAAUUAUUAACAACAUUAAAAGUGACAACAUUAGAGACUAUCUCAGGACCCUAUCAGAGUUUCCCCAUCUCGCUGGUACCGAUGCUGACUACCGACAGGCCAAGGAGCUUCACGACUUCUGGAAGCAUGAAGGGUUGGACGAGGCUUACCUUACGCCAUAUGACGUACUGCUGUCCUACCCCAACGUCACUGAUGACGACAUGAUGAACCGGAUAGAGCUGCUAGACGACACUGAUGGGAUAGUGUAUCAGUCCCCGCUGAGGGAGGCAAUCCUUCACCCGACCGAGAACAAGAGUGACGUAGUACCGCCUUUCAAUGCUUACUCCGCCCCCGGAGAUGUAGUGUCGGAACGCCUUGCGUACGUGAACUAUGGUCGACUUGAGGACUACCGCUGGCUGAAGAACAACACUUCUGUCGACGUCACGGGCGCCAUUGUUAUAGUCCGAUAUGGAAAGAUCUUCCGGGGUGACAAGGUCCAUCUGGCCACCUUACAUGGUGCAAUAGGGAUCAUCAUCUACUCUGAUCCGGCCGACUACACCCUGGAUGGAAGUACAUCACGUGUGUAUCCGGAAGACUGGUGGCUCCCUCCAUCUGGAACACAGCGUGGCACUAUAUACCGCGGGCUCGGGGACCCACUGACACCAGGCUACCCCGCCACAGAAACAUCAUAUAGAUACACAGAAAACAGCAGUGAAGCUCAGUUACCCACCAUCCCCGCCCACCCUGUGGGGUACGGUAUAGGACAGAACCUACUCAGUGCUAUGGCUGGGGAGGAGGUACCGGCCGACUGGAGAGGGGCAUUGAAUAUUACCUACCGACUCGGGGGACUGCUCAAUACAACCGGCUGGAAAAUCAGAAUGUUCAUUUCAACUAAAAACGCCAUAAGGAGGACCUAUAAUGCCUUUGGAAUCAUACGAGGAGCUAUAGAACCGGACCGGUACGUGCUCAUCGGUAACCAUAGAGACGCAUGGGUGUUUGGCGCCAUGGACCCGUCAAGUGGUACUGCGGUAAUGAAGGAAGUGUCCAGGGUGAUGGGUAACCUUGUCCAACAAGGAAGAUGGCGACCGAGACGAACCGUUAUUUUCUGCAGUUGGGGUUCAGAGGAGUAUGGCCUCAUAGGCUCGAACGAGUGGGUGGAGCAAUAUGUAAAGAACCUAGCUGCCCGAUCGGUGGCCUACGUGAACUUAGACACUGCCGUGAUAGGUAACUUCUCGUUGCGAGCCUCUGGGACACCUCUGAUGUAUCAGUCGAUAUACCACGCCACCAGACAGGUGCAAUGUUUGCCAUUUUAAAAUAUUAUGGUAGACAAAU